AUGGUAGAUUUGGACGAGAUAUCUAGUGCUUUCACGGAUUAUAUGGAGGUUGACGCACAGGAUAUGCCAGUAGUGAGCUAUGAAUCCCUGGGGGAUGUUCUGGAGACCAUUGGGCUGGCCGGGUCGCUUGCAGGGCCCCUGGCCAAGGAAAUGGAUCCAGAGGGCAGCGGGUACAUACACUUUGAGCCAUUUGUGAAUACGACAAUCAAGGAGAUGAUGAUUGUCGACGGACUUUUGAUUUACUAA